AUGGUGAGGUGGACUCUAGAACUUGCCUCACCUCACAGCCAGAGGGGCUUGGGAGCGGCCAAGGGGGCACAGUGCCCGGUGGCAGAUGUUCUGCCACCCCAUGGCAUCUGCCAGGAAAGGCGGGAAGGGCAGAAGGGGCCUCGUCAGGGCGGUGGCUCUCCGAUCCCAGCAUCCGGCCUGACCCUAGGGGGCCUGAGUGCCCUGGGAAGCCAAGUUUGGCCGCUGGUGGCCGACCCCACUGAGGGGCCCAGAACGUCGGGGCAGGAGGUGCGGGCAGGGGCCCAGCGGGGACCCCUGACCUGCAUGGGCCUGAGCAAGCCCCUCCCCUUGGCUGGAACACACCCUGCGUCAGCUGCGGGGGCAGGAGGGGAGCAAGCUGGCCAGCUGCCACCCGUGCCCCUGGCCGCUGCACCGGGGGUGCCUCCAGCAGGACGGUCGGCGGGCACUAACGCUCAGGCACAUCCCCCAGGGGCCUGGGGAAAGGAGACCCCAGAGGGGGCGUUCAGUGGGGAGAGCCCUCCCACCCUGCGAGCCCAGAGAACAGCUGCCCAGGAACGCAUGGCUGAGACGUGCCACCCACUCGGGCCAUGGCUGCGGGCAGGGGGUGUCCUGGCUGCGGGCGGGAAGCGGGUACGAGCAGGACUGGCCUCGUCCGGGCAGGACCAGGGAGCGCAGACGGCAACCUCCGGGACGCCCCGCAGGAGCCCCGCGCCGGCCACGUCCCGGAGGGGAUCGGGGGCCGCGACCCCGGGAUGGGAGGUGACAGGUCCUCACACGGAGGGGCUGGGUGCCCUGGGGGACUCGUGGCCUUUUCACACCGUGACCAAAUCCCAGGAGCCCAAGGCCCAACCCUCUCUGGGUGAAAAUGAGGAAACUGAGGCCUGGGCAGGCCAAGGGCCCUGUGGCAGCCCCUUGGAGCCAGGCAGGAACCCAGAUGGCCGCCCGACACGGCCCGCCCCCACGCCCGUGGGCAGCAUCCCCCCAGGCCAGGGCAGGGUCCACGCAGGCCAGGCGGACACUCUGCAGGGCGUCAGGCGACAGCUCCCGAGGAGGGAGCCCCCGCACCCCAUCUCCUUCCUGGGCCGUGGAGGGGCUACAGGGAGUGGCCGAGGGGGCAGGAGACCAGGGAACCACAGCCCUCAGGGCCAGCUGGGGGGUCAGGGCGGCUCGGGCCUGGCCACUGGCCCCGCUGGCCGCUGCACCUAUUUCUGUAGUUGGUCACAGCGAGGCCUGCAGGUGGUCGUCCCCUUCCACGCCUCGGAGAGCAGGGGGAAGGACGGCAAGGGGCACACGAGCGUGGGGGACACAGCGGCUGGGGAGGGGGUCCUGGGCUCACCUGCCCCACCCCAGGGCUCCCACCAGGACGGACCUCCGCUGCUCCCGAAAAGGGCAGUGCCUAUUCCUGCCACCCAGUGUGGGCCGGACUGGGGGCCCCAGCCCGAUCCCGGGGGGCAGGGCUUCACGGGUUUCCUCACUCCCUCUCAGCCCACUGGAUCACCGGAUCACCUGGAUCUCGGUUCCCUGGUUCCUGGGGAAGCCGGCCGUGUGCUCCUGAGGAACCGAUCCGGCCGCCAGUGCCAUCUCCAGCCUGCAGUGCCACCAGGGGAGGGCGUCGUUCCCGUGGCCCUGGGGCUGCCUGCCCCGCACUCCGUACCCCGGGGCACCAGGUGGGGGAACGCACAGAGCGCAGAGGCCGGGAGCGGAGCCCCGGAGAGUGGAAGGCGCCCCACCGACCUGCCCAAUGCCCACGUCCAGCUCUGCCCAUCCAGCAUUUUGAGCCUCCGCCCCUCCCUUCCCUACCCAGCUCCUGGGCGGCUCCUGGGAAACGCCCCAGCACAGGCCAUGCCCGCCCUCACCUCUCCUGUGGGACCCUCCCUCCAGGGCCCCUGGCAGGGUCGGGGGCACUUCGGCCUGCGGGCUAGGAGCGGCCAGAGGCCAGGGCUGCCGGCUGCCACCGCGCUUCUCUCCUGGGAGCCUGAAGCCACUUGGCGAAAGGUGGUGGGGAAGGCGCAGAAAGGGAAGGCCCUGCGGCUGAAACUCAGGGCCCCAGGGAAGCUGGGGGUUCAAGGAAUCAAGAAGAUGGAGGGUGGGGGUGCCAGGCAGGGGGAGCUGGGCUGCGAGGGGGGCAGAGCCCAGAGCAGGCUGGUCACUGGGGCCAGAGGACGGGAAAGGCUUGGCGGCCCUGGGGAGCCACCCCCAGGCAGGGAUGGUGCCACCUUCCAGGCCCCCCACUCCUUUCCCUGCAGGCAAGGACUAGACCGGGGGCUGACCUGGGGCCACUACGGCCGGGGGGAGCCGGGUGGGGCCAGCUGGGUGGGGAUCCCCACAGCCCUCCCUGUGUACCCGCGGCAAAAGGAACGAGCAGUGCACGGCCACAAGACAGGACCGUAG